AUGCUUACCGUCCACCAUCUGCGCGUCUCUCAAUCAGAGCGUAUCGUCUGGCUCUGCGAAGAACUAAACAUCGAAUACGACCUGAAGCUACAUCGUCGAGACCCAUUGUUCUCUCCACAAGCACUCAAAGAUCUCACCGAGAUUGGUACUGCUCCCGUCAUCCAGGAUGGCGACUUGACCAUGGGAGAGUCUGCUGCCUGUGUCGAAUAUAUCAUUCACAAGCAUGGAAGCGGUCGUUUGGCUCUGCCACCCUCGCACCCAGCCUAUGCCAACUACCUCUACUGGUUCCAUUAUGCAAAUGGCUCUCUCCAGCCUGGCAUAAGCCGUUUGUUGUCUCUCAAGUCUGCUGGAAUCGACACUUCCAACGAUGUUUUCAAACGCUACACAGACAGAAUGGACCAAUAUCUGCAACAUAUUGAUGAUCACUUGGGACGCGGUAAUGAGUGGUUGGCAGGCAAGGAGUUUACUGCUGCAGACAUCAUGACUGUCUUCACCCUUACCACCAUGCGUACAUUCUACGGCAUCGACUUGAGUCCGUAUAACAACAUCUUGCCGUACCUCAAACGAGCUGUUGAGAGACCUGCAUACAAGAGGUAUCGCGAGAAGGGGGAAGAUGCCGAUUUUCCUCUUAUGAUCGAUGGACCUGCUCCUGAGAACUUUAUCGAGAAUGUGAGGAGAUCUAUGGCAAAGUGA